GAGAUUUAUAGAGAAGAGGAGGAGAUUCCGGAUCCUCAUAUGUUCUGCAAGACCAGAGAAAGGGGCUUGCCUGCUGAUCCAGUGACUCAGAGCUUCUGGAUAAAGGAAAGUGAAACUCUUGGACAUGGUGCUUUUCAGUGCCAGCAUUCUUACUGGAGCUCAGAGGCAUGCUGAGUAGUGGCAGUGGUGCAGUUUUUCAGCAGCUGUGGGAAUACUCCACACUUAUCAUACUGGGAUCCAGAUGUAGGUGGAAUGUGGAGAACUGUUUUAGGGAUGUUUGAAGGACGUCCUCAUAUGCAAAGAAUAAUAAGAUGUGGCCUUCUUGGUAUUGACUACGAUGACGAUCUAGACGACCCAGGCAAUGAUGAUUAUGUUACCGGUAGUUGGAGUCAUGAUUUCCAUGGAUACCCUGCAAACCGCCUGAGGUCAUCCAGCGCUGUAUAUCAGCCUGUAUACCCUUCAGCCCGUAAUUCUUCUUGCCCAUCCCCUUUAAGAUUUCAGACAAAGGAGCACGAUGCUGAGAGAAAAGCCAGAUUAUUAGAAGAAUCUAAAAAAAUGAAAGACAAAGCUGAGAAGAAGCGGCUUAAGAAACGGAAACAGAAGGAAAGGAAACGUCUCGAGAAGCUGGAGAAGGACAAGCUGAACCCUGAAAAAAACGAGGAGGGAAAAGAUGAUGCAGAGGAGGGUGAAGCUGUUAAUGAUGAACACAGAGCCAAUAACAAUACUAGUGUUAAACUGCAGGCCUCAGCCAAAGAUACAGACAGCAGUGACAGUAGCGACGUUUCCAGUGAUGAAGACGGCAACUCCAAGAACGACUCAGGCGACUCAGAGGAACUUGAUAUGACGAGUAGUUUUGUGAGAAAAGCUGCUCUUAUAGCCAUGCAUAAACUGGAGCAGAAGCCCAAACUGGAGAAGAAGGAGAAAAGGAAGAUGCCAGAAAAAGAAGAAUACAAAACAGUCCCUGAAAAAUCACAUGAAGAACGGGAGGUUGCAAAGAAGGACUCUGCUGCGUCCAGGGUUCCCUCCUUUGAAGACCAUGUAAAAAUAAGCACAGAGCUUGCCGUCAUUGGAAAUAAGCAUGCGAGUGCUGGAGACUUUAAUAUGGCUGUGAAGUAUUUCACAGAUGCAAUUAAGCACAACCCUAAAGAGUUUAAGCUAUUUGGAAAUCGGUCCUUCUGUUUUGAGAAGUUGCAAGAAUACGAGAAGGCGUUAAUGGAUGCAGAGUUGUCGCUUGGCAUAUGUCCAGGUUGGGAUAAAGGCCUGUAUAGGAAGGGAAGAGCUCUGGCUGGUCUAAAGAGGUAUGAGGAAGCUGCCCUGGCCUUCACGGAAGUUCUCAAACUGGACAGUUCGUGUGCAGAAGCUGCGCAGGAGCUGAUGCGUGUGCAGAUAACACAGCUAAUGGAGUUCGGUUUUACUCGAGAGCAGAGCUCAAAUGCUUUAAUAAUUCAUGGGACGGUUAAAAAAGCACUAGAAGUGCUGUCUAAGUUAAACGAUCGACCAGGAGCUCUUCCGAACGGCUCUCUCCCACCUGUUCAAGUAGCAAAUGUCACUGGAGUGUCUCCAAUCCUUUCAGCCAACACAAUCGCUGCACCUGCUGCUGCUGUGCGUCCUGCUCAGUCCAAGGAUGCGCUGAAAAAAACACUUAUGAACAAACCUUUGGGCGCAGUCCAGAAUACAUCUGCUGCUCAGAGUCAAUCAAAGCCUAUUCUUACUCAGCCCAUGAAGGCCAGCAACGGCGUUAAUCGACCAUCACUGGAGCUGUUUCCAGUUUGGGUGGGAAACCUGAAUUUCCCAGUAACUGACUCCAUGCUUGCAAACCUGUUUAACAAGGUCGGGGUCGUCUAUAGCGUCAAGGUUUUGACUGCCAAACGAUGUGCCUUUGUUAACUAUACAAAACAAGAACAUUGUGAUGAAGCAAUCCGACGUUUUCAUGGCUUUGAGCUGAAUCACAACAAGCUCGCUGUCAGGUAUCCGGACAGGAUUCCUGCAGGCUUGGGUAUUUCCAGAUCUGCCCUGAGAGCUGAUGACCUGCCAGAUUAGAACGUGAGGCACAACGAGAACAACCAAAGGACAGUACGUCCUUAGAAACCCAUCCCCGACCACAGAGGGGACUACUGAAUGAAGACCCAGCUGCUACUUGGCCUGAAUGUUGUUUUCAAUAAAUACUUCUUGUCCAGUACAGACUAA